AUGCCACGUCCGGCUUCCACGUCCCGGCUUCAACCGCUUCCCCAUGGGGACCGGUCGGUGAAGCGAGCGCUCUGGACCAGUUUCCGGGGGACCGAGGUGAAUAUCUCCAGCGCCGCGGGGGUGCGCAGCACAGGUACCGGCUCGGUCUACGCGAUGACCAAGGCGGCUAUGGCUCACCUGGCAUGCAGCCUUGCGUGCGAAUGGGGCCCACUCGGAAUCCGAGUGAAUUGUGUAUGCCCUUGGAUGGCGCGAACUCCAUUGUUGGAAGAGGCUGUGAAGAACAAUCCUCAGCAAUUGGAGGAUGUGAAACGUGCCACUCCUUUGGCGCGUCUGGGGGAACCAGAAGACACUGCCGCAGCCGUGGCCUUCCUUUGUAUGCCAGCAGCGGCAUACAUCACUGGGCAGGUGAUCUCUGUGGACGGUGGCCUCUUCGCACAGGGCUUUCGUGGGCCCUGCGUGCCUGAUCCCAGGCUCUAG